CAAAUGAUUGCAGAUGCUAUGUUUUCUUAUAUUAUUUCUACCUGAACUUGCCUUAUCUCAAACCUUUGGCUCUGUUGAGUUGACAUCAUCAGCUACAGCGGUUUUUCAGGAACCAGUUACACUUACGUGCACAGUUCAGGGUGAAAAUUUGUCUGAUUUUACUCCUCAAAUAAGUUGGUUUAUCAAAUCAAAGUCCAAUGAAGACACAGAACAAUUGCAUACUGAGAUCAUAUCAAUCACAAACUCUACAUCAUAUCAAUAUGUCCUGGAUUCGGACGGGCAGAGUGGAGAAUAUCAUUGUUCAGUUAAUGAGUCUAUCAGCAACAAUAUCAGUAUUCAUUUCCGGUCCCUAACAAUGAAGCAAAUACCUGAGGUGGCAGCUGUGUAUAAAAAUCAGCAGGUUGAGAUCCAAAUUAUACAAGAGGGUGAUGUUGGAGUGCCUCAAAUCAUGUGCCAGGAUGCGGCAACAGCUGUGGCCAUAGGUAAUACCAUUUUUGCAGUCAGAGGAGAUUUUGUGGAAGCAAAAGUCAAAUUCAAGCCUGAGAAAACUGUUGUGGUUACUUGUGAGGCAUCAUUUGGUGUUCAGGGAGAACAUGUGUUCAUGGACAUCAAUGCUACCAUUGAAGUUUUAGUACCCGAAUGGAGUGUCUGGAGUGAGUACUCUGAAAGUUGUGAAAUUCGCCCUGAGAAGAUGUACCAGUGUGCUAAAAUGAGGACCAGGACUUGCAUUAAUUAUAGCGAAUUUUCUUCUUGCGAGGGGGAACAAAAUGGGUUCCUCGACUGUAAUCCUAAUGAUUGUGAACCAACAGUGACUAACUGGGGUGUGUGGGGUGAGACGUGCCAGUACAACUCCAACAUGACAGCAUGCCAGAAGUCACGUGAGAGGUUUUGUACGGUGGCGGUUAACUCCACCCGCUCGUGCACUGAUGCUCUCCAGGACUUCACUGACUGUCCAGAUGACCAAUGUGAUAAGUGGUCUGAAUGGGAGCAGUGGUCACAGUGUGCACAGCCAGUUGAUGACCGUUUGUCCUGUAAAAAGGAAAGGGAACGACAGUGUCUGCUGUCGGGAAAGUUAUGUGCGGGGGAGAAUAUGGAGGUAUCAGACUGUGAUAGGCAGCAUUGUGCUCCAAAGUUCAAAUCCCACGGCAGACAAGUCAUCAGGAUAUCAUACCGCCGCAAAUUCUUCCUUGUCUGCGAUGUGGAACCAUCCAGAACAGUGGGGUAUCAGGGCAUGGAAGUUAUGUGGAAGAGAGACGCUGCUUAUAUCUUAUCAGAUCUCACUAGGGCCGAUCGUGAUACUCUUAGAUACGAAGACGAUAAGCUGACGGAACAUGAGACUGGUAUUUACACGUGUUGCGUUAGAAACGAGUUCGGGACACGUUGCCGUGACAACUGGGAUGUGAAACUUAGUGAUCACGGACCUGUAAGAAGUGAGGACCGUAUUGGGGAUGACCUGUUGAGGUUCACAGUGGAGCGAGGCAAGAAUAUUACUCUUCAUUGCUAUUUGGAGGGUUACAAACUCGAGUACACGUGGCUCAGAGGUGAUGGCGAAAUUAUAAAGGGAGAAACAUUACAAUCGUUGCAAAUAACGAGCAUGUCAAAAGAUAAGCAAGGAAAAUACUCGUGCUGUGCGUUUGACAGUGAGUUUGGCAACUCUCUGUGUUCACUAGGAUACGAGAUAUCUGAACCGGAAAACACCCAGCGAAAGUACCUGAUAAUAACGAUAACAGUAAUAUCGCUACUGAUACUAGGUCUUGUUCUAUAUAUUACAUGUGCACAUACUAACAAGAUGAACAGUUUCAAACGAAGGUUCCGACACAUGUUCACUAGCGGUCAUACAAAACUCUACAACGGCCUGGACCCUUAUGAAACUGGCCAGGUUAUUCAGAGGUCACAGUCCUAUCUCAAACGAUUGUCCAAGACGAGACCCCUCUCUAAAUCUGAGCUAGCGUAUUUGGUAGCGAUGAUGGGGGAACCUCUAGAUCCCAACUCUGACUACCAUGAAAAUCAUGAACUAGGAAUGGAGUUUGAUAGUAUCCCGAAUAACAGCAUCACAAUUAACAAGACCCCUGUGGGUACGGAGAGUAAAAACAGGUAUCUGAACGUGCUGCCAAACCCGCACUCUAGAGUUCUCCUUCCCGAGAUGGGUUGUGAUCCAACAUCCACCUACGUCAAUGCUAACUAUAUCAGGGGUUAUAAGCUGAUUCCAAAGGAGUAUGUCGCCACUCAAGGACCUCUACCCUCAACUUCAUACGACUUUUGGAGACUGCUUUGGGAAGAGAGAUGCCGCAUUAUUGUCAUGACAACGGGGUUGAUAGAAAACAGUCGGAUGAAGUGUUGUUUGUAUUGGCCCGCUACUGAAAUCGGGCACACAAUGAGAUCUGGUGAUAUCGAGAUAACCCAGUUAGGAAUCUACCCGAGUAAAUUCUAUACAAUCUCCAUCCUGAGAGUCAAAAAGGUGAGUGAGGAGGAGAGAGCAGUUGGAAAAGAGGAGGGAAAUGAUGAGGAGGCUGCGGAGGAGAAACCUAAAGACGAGGAAAGAAUACUUUAUCACUUGUGGUAUCACUCGUGGCCAGAUUUCGGGGUCCCUGAAGACACAGGACCUUUCCUGGACUAUGUGGAAUGUGUGCGAGCUUUUAAAGAUGUUUUGGAGAACGCGCCAGUUUUGGUGCACUGUUCAGCCGGCAUCGGGAGAACCGGAACCUUCGUCUCUGUUAAUUUAGGAAUCGAGCAGUUCUUAGACAACGGCAAAGUGGACCCUCUAGGCUACAUAUGCCAGCUCCGCCAGGACCGAGGUGGCAUGAUCCAGACCCUCGACCAGUACUCCUUCGUAUACCGAGCACUGCAUGCUUACCAGCUCCGAAUAGCAGCACGUGAUCUCGAGAGCAAGGAUAAAACUCUCAUACGGUUUGGUCCCCACGAGCUGUUAGAGGACAAUGUGUUGUUACCGGAGGGUAUAAACUUACCGAUAGUUGAGGACAUGGAGGGUAGCCGGGUAGAUCCUGAUUUCAUGAAGUGCUUAACUCAGACAAUAAGAUCAGUAUCUAGGUACAGUGACAGUACCACUAGUAUUAACAAUAUGAACGUUAAGGCGUCCUCAGAAUCCCUCAACAGAGAUCCGCCCACCCCGGGUUCCCCUCAAAAUACCGCUUCUAGACCGUUGCUUGACAACGAUCCCAAACAGAAGCGCCGUUCCAAGGUAAAGUCCCUCUUUUUUCCGUUGACCCCACGGGAUAAAUCAAAAGGGGGCAGUACUACUAGCAGCACGCAAGACUUGCGGAGUGCUGAAUCGCCCCAGAGGUCACUUUCUCUAAACAAUGUUAAGUUUUCUAAGAGCAAGGAAAACGUUUCCCUUUCGCCGAGAGUUUCUAUUUCUAGUUCCCAUAAAAGAGCUUCGAUAGCAUCCAGCAAAUCUACCGGUACCGAAUGUUCGAUCAAAAUAGAAAACUGAUGGUCAGAAAAAAUGACGUCAUACAUUCAUUAUGACGUCAUUGUGCUGUCAAACUAUCUUCAAAUCGGGUGUGUGCUCAGCUGAUUAAAUAUGAAUGUUAUCUCCGGAGAUUCCUGACUUGCUCGCUCUCAUCUGAAAUAUGCGAAAUAUUUCAAAUAUGUGAUGAUAUUAAUAUGUGAGCUGAAUUUAACUGUGUGUUAUACUGUCAUGUUCUUGGAGGAAGGGCGAAAAAUUGUUCCUGUGUGUCAAACAGACCCCUAAUCUAUACAUCAACGAGAUUUCUAAAAACCCUCAGUAAAUUUACACUUUAUUUUCGCCUGGAUUCACCCAGGCCACGUUCACCGAGUUUAUUACUUUAUUGAUGUCAACCUGACCGGUAUGUUUUUCAUGCAUUAUCUGAUCUACUCCUGGAAACCCAGGAAUUUUCAGUGCACUCAAAAGUUUUCAAAUUGAUUGUUUAUAUAUGAUACGUGUCUUACUUUUCUUUUAAUAAGUUUUUUAAAAAAUGAUGACGAAGCUAUAAAUUCGUGGAUUGAAAGGAAUGUGUUUGCGGGGCAUUUUGACUCUGGUACAGCAAUUAAUUUGUACCUUUUUUUUUGGUUCCGUAAUUGUUGACAAUUUUCCUAUUUUUUCAAAGUUAUGAUUAUAAAUCUAUCGGAAGUUAUCAUGAAUCUAUAUCUGAAGAUGAUAAUUGUAUUUUAAAGUCAUGUUUUCAAAGUUUGUGCUCCUGGAUUAUGUGGGUAGGGUUUGAAGUAGAACUCUGUUGAUACAGUUUAACGGUCAGAUCUCCCUGUUCAGAAAAUAAAAUGAAAUUUACAAUGCUCUUAACCAUUUGAUCUUGAAUAUUUUGCAUUCUUCAGUUGGCGAGUUGAUAAUAUCAUUUCACACACUUACUCUAGACAUCUAAAUAUUAGUUCUUCAGACGCACAAUUUCUUAAAAAUAUAGGCAGCUGUAAGAGGAAGAUCUGACUGUGGAUAAGUUAGUUUGGUGGGAUUAAUUUCCUGCUUCACACUUUUGUAGUGCCAUUGACUGUCUAACUGAAUUAUUUGUUUCAAAGUUAUUGAUUGUUCUGUUUGAUAUUGAGCGUCAUGACUGUCCUAGACCUUCAACUCCGCAACCUCAUUUAUCGUUGAAUUCCGCAAGGUUUAAAUUGAAAGGAUCGGGUGGUUUCACCCUUUCUGGUAGUUCAAUUUGGUGAAGAUUGCGACUUAAAAUAUCCUAUUUCAUGGAACUUGUUGACUUCUUAAAAUCGUAUAUUUUAUUAAUUAUUGCAUUGUGUAAAUAUUCACAUUGAUAAAAUCAAAUUUAACUUUGA